AUGGCUUCCGACUUGCAGAAGUCGCGGAACACAGUAAGCGCUGUGCGGAAAAUGUUAGUCGGCGACCUUAAGGACAACCCUGACGAGCGCCUGAAGGUGUACAACAUGCUUGCCGACACUCCAUUUAAAGGCACGGGAAAGUCGCCAUCGGAUCACUGGGUUUCCAUGAUGUUAAAGGCGGUGCAGGAUCCCUGGUCUCGCAUCCGCAAGUUAGGGAGACAAUGUCUUCUACGCAUCGCCUCCACGCAAACAGGCGUGCAAAAAAAGCGCUAUAUCAAGCAGCUAUUAAAUCUCGUGCGGGACAGGUGGCCGCGAGUUAGAAAUUGGUAUGAAAAAGAGGGAUUGCUCCUUCUGUUGCUCGAUGUGCUUAGCUUCGCGGAGCCUACCUCGUUAGAGGAAGGUUUGUUAGCAAAUAUGCUGCUUCUAUUGGUUCUACCGUCGGUGUCCGAUCCUCAGUUACCGGUAAGUGACGCUGCGGUUGAGGUGGCACUUCUUGUCACACAGCGUAGUGAAAACCUCGCUUCCUUCACAGUAGAUUACAACGUGGUAGCACUCAGAAAGACAUGUAUCUUUGACAAAACCGGUGUUUCGGAUCCUCUCACUACUGCUGGACAUCUCGGCUGUUUGGCAAAGCUCCUGGCGCUGCAUGCAGGGUUGUAUACCACCCGUUUGAUGGCAGACCUGCAUCCAAUUCUCCAGCAGUUGUCUGCUUAUCCUGCUGCUAGUCUUCGCCAACAGGUAGCUCGAGUAUGGGCGCUACGCUCCGUAGAAAACUUUGACAUGGCUCUUACCACAAUGGUUGAGAAGGCACACGCCCCCUCAGAUAGUGAUGAGUGGUGGUGCGUGGUAGAGACACUUCUCAUGGCACUGCAGGAACAAUUAACGUAUUACCUGUGCUUCCCGGAGAAGGCAAGGGCGCUAAAGCAAAUGGCACGCGGAACCAUCGUUAAGUCACUUUACGCAGUUCUGGUCCUGAUUGAGGCAAAGCAGUUCGAGGUGGCUCGCAUGGCGAAGCAGGUUUUGCCUCUGCUCACGCAGUUUGUGGUUCGAUUUACGGAAUCCCUCGCAUUCCUGGGGGAGUUGUUGGGUAAAGAAGCCGCACGAUUUCAGGAGCGCACGAACUUUGCUUUCCCUUUCCUGUCUGAUUUAGUCUGGUUUUUGGUAAUUCGACGGUAUGUGCGGCCCGCUGGGGAGGCAACAGCAGUGCAGAAGGCCGUGAUGCAAUACCUGAUUCCGAGCCUUGUUGGGGAAGGAGAUGUGAGCGGCAACAUCGACACAGAAGGCGUAGCAGCAACCCGGGGGCAUGUCGACGACCCACUGUCUGUCAUACUUGUCUGCACUUACUUUCCCGAAUGCUUAAAGGAACCCGCCGGCAAAAGACUUUUGAAGUUUGCCAUUGAUGAGGCGGCGUGGCGGAAGGCAUUUUCAUGUUUCGGGAAUGUUGUCCAAUACGCAUCAGAUUUCACACUUUUAAUCAGGCAGGAGGAAGUGUCAGCGGGGCAGCUGUUGCCGUUAUGGUUCAAUUGGCUAGCUGGAGCGUAUACACAUCAGCAGUGCUUGAUACUGGAUGCAAUAAAGGUUGCUAUCGCCCCAAAGGAGCAGUUAGUAGGACGAAAGCGCCUCUCAUUUGCAUAUCACUCGGCUUUCUACGCGCCCACAAUGAAAGAUGAAGGGGAGGAAGUACCGCUCGGCUUCCACUGGCUGAAGCAGCGCUUCCCAAGCGAGGAGUUGCUGCCAGAGACGCAGCCGGUGCCUAUGAAUAAUAUGGAGGGGGUGGAAGAUGUCUUGGGCGACCUCCACAACGUGGUAUACCGAAAACUGUACGCCUACAAAGGCACGGAACCAUCAGUCCUUAAUGCGGUGCGUUCCUUAAUGAUGGCGGAGUGUGGGGCUAUGCCACAGCAUAAAACACUUGCCGCUGUCGUCUCCGCCGUUGUCACACGCUUGGACAGUGUGGCACCCGAGUGGCGCGGUGUGUUGGUAACGCAGGGUGCAAAAUCGGUCGGCGAAACCACCGCCGCCACGUCCAGGACGGGGGAUGCACCAUCUGGUGGUUGCAACAAUUGGGAUGAUUCCGACAGUGAGGAAAACGUCGCAGGUGUAAGUCCGGAUGAAGAGAUACGGAAUGCACGAACAACCCUGUCUGCAUUAGUUUACACACAUUUUGAUGGGAGGGAAGAGGCUUUUAUUCAAGCUGUUUGUGCCACGGGUUCUGAGGAUGUGAGGAAGUUGCUGCGCUAA